AUGCCGUUGGAUAGAUAUAACCACCACUUUACUCAUUCCGUUUCGCCUUAUUACCGUCGCCAAUCUUCUGUUCCUACUGGUGCUGCUUCUCCCGCUUAUACUUUAUAUUCUGAUUCCGCUUCUAACACUUCUUUUGUUCCUCCUGGUGCUGCUUAUCCGGCUUAUACUUUAUCUUCUGCUUCCGCUUCUAACAUUGCUUCUUUUGUUCCUUCUAUUAAUACUAAUUAUUAUUGUUCUUAUUAUCACGACCCUUCUUAUUCUUAUGCUAUUCCCGAUUUUGUUAACUCUCCAUAUUUUACUCCUUCUACUUAUUUUUCUCCUGCUUCUUCUAUUUCUUUGCCUAGUUCUUCUUCUAUUACUUUUAUUUCACCUACUUAUGUUUCACCCGCUUCUUCCACUGCUUUAUUAACUGCUGCUUCUUCUAUUACUUUGUCUAAUUCUUCUUCUAUUACUACUAUUUCGCCUACUUAUGUUACUCCUGCUUCUUCUACUGCUUUAUUAACUGCUGCUUCUUCCACUAGUACUACUCCACUUCUUUAA